GAUCGUCCCAGUUGGCUUGAGUGUCAAGUCAUUUGAUGAUAUUUUCACGUAUUAUGCUUCUCCAGGUAUGGGAUCCUGUGUGGCGCAGCACUCAAGCCACCCCGCAUUUGUAUGACAUGAGCAUCGUCACGACAACUACCUGAAAACCGGUACACAUAGCUGUCUGAAGAUUUUCAGAUAUAGAUGCAGUUGUUGUCACAAUGCCACUUAAGUCCAAAAUCCAAUCCACAAGACAAUAUGGCUACCCAACUCAGUCAAAUCUAUGGAGUCCUUGGCAAUCUCAUCGCGCCAUUCAUACCCCUUCUUGUGCCCAUUAACUUCUACAUCAACCUACGCUUCUUAUCUCACCAAAAAUGGAAAACGAGUACAGCUAGCAAACUCGUCAAUGUAGCAAAUAUCAUACAACUUCUGAACCGAUCAGUACCGCGGGUAUUGCUGACCGUAUGGAGCAUGACUGGGGACUACGUUGGACAAUGGAGGGUUUGGGCGGAAAUUGGACUGAAUAUUUUGGCUCUUGUAAUCUGGGGUUCAGGAUGGGAUAUUGAUGGGGGAUUGAUUGAUGAGAUGCUAGAUGAUUGGUGGGCUAGUUCAGACGAUGGAAACGAGCAAAAGAGGCUUGGAGAACAAGGAGAGAAGGAGAAUGAUAAGGGAGGAAUUGCUGUUUAGUGCCAAGAACAUCAGCCGAAAGGUCGUUUAUUGAGAUGAAGGCGCUUAAGUACAAGCAGUGCAAGGAGACUUAAUAGUUUGACCACUCAAUCGCGUCAUUACUAGGAGAUUAAGAUACCUCGAAAGUUUAAGAUUACCGUGAACGAUGACGAUGAAGGUGCUUAUCAAUGGAACCCGAAUAACAUACAAGCUGGAUCAAGACGCUCUGUUGUAUGAAGGAGUGCGAAGUUUUGUUUGGAGGGAGCGAAAAGGGAGCCGGCGUCAAGCCCACAGAAAUAUAUGGGACUAUUAUACCAACCGCAAGUUAUGAUCAGCAUUAAGGGAUUUACCCGCUCAAUGACCCAAAUUUUGAUACCA